UUCGACCCGUUUGCUGCCUUUGUGUUCCCCGCUCCUCCACCGCGUGUCCGCUCCGCGUUUGACGCUCGGUCAUUGUCGUCUUAGGCCAAAUCGAUAUACGUGUGACCCGAUAUAUGUCAGUCGGCGAGGAAGUCGGCGUGGACAAACGGAAGAAAUCGCGUCGUAAUAAAUCUCUCUCGCGCUUCGAGCGACUUUGUCGCAGAGUUUCUUUGCCGUCGGCGCGGUUUCUUUUCUGGUGCGGUGUCCGGAGUCUUCGUCGCGAGAAAUCUUCCGAUGUUCCGACAUUCCGGAGGAUGUGAAAAGGAAAGAGCAAAAGUAAUAUUUCCGGAAAUUUCUUUGGAGAAAAGGAAAAGAAAGAAAAGGAAUUUCGGCGCGAGCCGCUGAUCGCGAAUCGAUCUCGAUUGCUCGAGCGAUCGACGUUUCGUUGGCAGAAAAAUUGCGGGAAGAACGUCAAGAAUUAUCAACGUUGCGGAGAAGUUUCGGUCUCGUGCGAAGAAACACGUGAAAAAAUAUAUCGUUCACUUUUUGUACAGAAAACGUGAGAACAAGGGAAAGAGGAGGAUUAAAGAAGGGAGCGCGGUAAAUAGCGCGCUUGAAGAGAGGUUGCUUCUAUAAAAAUCCAGUUGCACACCGAGAAACACGAGAAGAAUCUCCUCCGAGGGAACAACGUCGUGCGACAAAAAACGAACGCGAAAAGAAAAGAGAGGACACGAAAUUGCGACGAAACGCUCCGCAAAAAAUUCGCUUCCGAAGAAAACGUUCGAAAAAACAAAUACACGCACUUUGUUCUUCGCGAUUCGAAAUUUCAGUAAAAUAUAUUCGAAAAACAAAAAGUAAUAAACAAAAUAUCUCGGGGGAAACUAUAACAAUUAAUUAGUUAAAAUAACAAAAAGAAAAAAAACAAUCUUCGAAGAAAUCAAAUUGCAUUCGCGAAGAAACAAACAGCUGUUCCUGUCGGCGAACAAAAAAACCGUAGGAUUCGCAUCUCGGAUUCUGAGAGAGAAGAUUCUCUCGUUCCAAGUUUCGGAAAAUAAUAAUCUUUACAAACAAUCAGAGGGGGAGGAAAAUACGUUUCUCCGAAAUCCGAUUUCGAUCGCAAGUUGCAACUUUGAAAUUUUUAAUUCGUUUCGUCGCAUCUCGCGCGACAAAAAAAAAAAAAAAAAACAAUUUUGGAAACAAAAGAGCGGGGCGGGAAGGGGCGAGAACCUUCGGAGCUCUUUUCGAUUGGCGUGAGAUUCUCCCACUUCGAGUGAGAUUUUCGCGUCGUCGGGGAAAGCGGAACGGGAACGCGAUCUCUCGGGGAAGGAGAAGCCGGGCAGAUCUGAGAGACACGGCAGAGAGACCACCGCACAACAACGACGACGACACAACCAACACGCGGGAAGAAUGGCUCCCGCAGGGAUUCCUUCGCCGAACGGAACUCUGCCACCGCCCGUAGGGCCUGCGAACGCCUCAUUUUCCAGUUAUAAAAGAACUUGGUGGAAGCGAGUGGCCCCCUGCUUGGCUUUUCUGGCCGCCUUUUGUACCGCCAUGGCUCUGCUUCUUGUCUGGAGCGAGGCCGCAGCUUUGAGGAGGCAGGCGUUCGACGCGAACAUGACCAGGGACUACGUGCUCGAUAGCGUAUCCAUGGACAAUCCCCAACUGGUCGCUUACAUACGGCAAGUGCAUUUGAAACCGACGACUCAUCAGGAUCCUUUGCGCGCCAACCAGACAUCCGAGGAGAAGUACGUGGCGAGUUUGACGCAGGGCAAACGCGAAGGUGUUUACGCUGAGUACAUAAGCAGGAUAGGCGCGAUUUCGAGCACCGCUUGGCUGGAAUCGAAUCUGAGCUGGCGUGGUGUGUUGAUACUCACCGAGCCUAGGAGUUUCUUCGAGGCGCAGAGAAGCACCAGAAAUCCACAGUCGAGAGUUCUGCACGCUUGUCUCAGCACGGACGAGGAUACCAAAGAGAUAAAGUAUCACCAGGAGUCGGAGGUUCAGGUUACCAAAUUGGGCGACGGACCUAACAGCCUUGUGUCAUCAGACGACGGUUUUCCCACCACCAGACUCAAAUGCUUUCCUCUCUACAGCGUGCUGUUGGCAUACAACGCCACCACCCUGGAUUAUUUAAGCCUCGACAGUCCCGACGCUCCCGAUGGUCAGAUACUCGACACCAUUCCGUGGGAAAGUACGAGAAUAUCUGUAGUGUCGAUACGAUGGAAUCCUCAUCACAGCGAGGCCGAGACGAAGAGCUUCAUCGACAGAAUGGCCAGCCGGCGAUACAAACUCGUACACACAACGGACACCGGAAAGUUGUUUUUCCUGUACAAUACUCUGCUUAAGAUUUGAUGAUCUUUGACUCAGGUUAAUAACGCGAUAGACUGCUCUUGCGCCCGACUGUCGCAGGAUACAACAUUUUUGUAAUUUAAGCAUCUCAUAAUACGCAUCACAUCACAUCGUUUUCUUUUCAUCGCGCUUCUGAUCUGUUCUUAAUAUUUUACUCGCGCUGCUUUAGAAAUAUUACUUCCGAUCAAAAGCGCGAUAAUCCUCAUCCUCCUCCUUUUCCUCUUCGAUCUCACAAAAAUAAACGAUCCAAUUCGCGCGCCAUCGUGUUUAGGAAACACUCAAAUCGAUCGCGGAAUUAGUCUUCCGCUAAUGAAUAUUUUAAUACAUGUUAUAAGUCUCUCGCGCGCGUGCUUCGCUGCUGUUGACCGUCCGCAGGUGUAAGUCUGUUGCGCUCUCGCAGUAUAAUAAUAAGAACGUUCGUUCGCUGUAACGUGUGGAGUUGAUAACAAUCUCUCUAAUUGAGUCUCGAGAAUCUCGUGAGUUCAAGAACUCUUGCGAAAUAAUUUUGUAAUAAAAAAAAAAAACAAUUGUGUACAUAUGCAUACAUAUUUUGCGGAUAAAUUUUCUU